AUGAGCCGACUAGGAGAUAUAUACACUCUGACACCUGUGGAGAGAUACAAGCUAUCUCUCUCAGAUCGUGACAAUGGACAAUUGGCAAACAAAAAUAUUUUUAAGACCACUGUUCGAUUAUCCCAAUCGAACAGUAAUCUUUCUCAGAGGUAUACACUUUCUUCCUCUCUUUGUUUCGCCUUUUUCUUUUCUUCCCUUUAUUCUGUCGACAGCUCGGAUUCCAACCCGACUUACUGCAACAGGGAUGUACACCUUCUUCCUCUCUUUAGUUUUCUACUUUCUUUCCGUCUUCUUCUUUACACAGUUCAGCUUAUAACAGAAGUAUACACUUUAUUCUCUGUUUUCCCUUUUCUUUCUUUACACAAUUCAACUUGUAAUAGAGGUAUACUUUCUUCUUCUCUCUGGAUAUCCGUUUUCUUUUCUUUACACAAUUCAACUUGGGAUUAUCGAACAGGAAUACUUCUUGUCCGGAGUUGCCUGGAUUGA